AUGAAGAAACUUGAUUUACAAAUCGCCCAGGAAAGAAAUAAAACGCCAAGUGCAACUACCGGAGUCACGGCCCAGAGACCAAGACUGAGUAAAGGUUUUCCUGCCAUGACAACCGAAGAUCUACCUUGUUACCUCGACAUGUUCGAGAUGGCAGCUAGGAGAGACAAGGUUUUAGAAGAAGACUGGGUGGCACAGCUGCAGGAGAAAAUAACACCUAAACUAAGGCAAUUCCUGACACAGAGAAGAUUAGUGGACUGCACUGACUACGAGAAGAUAAAAAAAGAGCUCUUAGACUAUGUGGGAAUGACGGAGGAAGCCUGCAGGAAAAGAUGGCAUGAGACUGUCCCAAUUGAAGAUGGCCCAAGAGAAUUUUUUGUGGCAUUACAAAAGAACUUCCGACAGUGGUGCGAGGCGGCGAAAAUAGAACGAAACUUUGAUCAGCUGGAGGAGCUAAUAUUGAAAGACUCUAUACUCAGUGCCCUAAACGAGGAGGUAAGAGAAGAGAUCCUAGAUAAAGAACCUGAGUCGUUGGAAAAGCUAGUUGAUUUGUUGGAGAACAGAAAGAUAAUCUUCUCCAGUAAAAGCAUUUUCAAGAAAUCGAGAACUUAUCAGGCCAACGCAGUGGGUGACAGAAAUUUGAAUAGGCAAAAUUACUACUACCAAACCAGUCCUAGCAGACCAAACUACAUCAGGCCAAACAUUGAAUACAAUGAGCUCAGAAGAAAUUUCGUCAGACCCCGCUAUAGCAAUUCUUACAACAGAGCAAGAGGGCGAUGGAAUAGGCCAGAUUACACAUUUAGCAACCAAGUUAACAACAGAAGAAACAACUAUGGAAAUGGAAUGUACCAGAAUAACCAAGGAAGGUAUAGAAAUGAGACAAGAAGGAACUACUCCAAUCAAGCCGAAUGUGCCGUGGUGCAAUUGCCUGAUAGACAAGGGACUUGCAAUCUGAUCUACCACAAUCCAGAAAGUGUGGCCAACUUCAUUAUGAACGACAAGUCUAUUGGAUCGCUAAACAUAGAAGUAGGAAAACUGAAUGGAAGAAAGGCGUCGAUCCUGAGAGACAGCGGCUGUAGCGUUAUCGCCGUAAGAGAGACACUUGUCAAUGAAAAAGAUAUUUUGCCAGAGAAAUGCUCCUUGUGCUUAGCAGACGGGCAAAUAUUUAGAUACAAGACCGCAAAGGCAAUGCUUGACACACCUUACCUGAAAGGAGAAUUCAUCGUCGUGCUAUUUCCGGAGCCGGUCGCUGAUGUGUUAAUAGGCAAUGUGAAAGGUCUGUUUGUGUCAGCCGUAGAGACGAGAGGAAUGAAGGACAGAGAAAGGGAAGAAACUCAAGUAAAGACGCCAAUCAUAGGAACAAUUAUAGAAGGGAGUCUAGAGAAGGAACAAGAAGAAGAUGAAACUCUGGCACCACUAUGGAGAAAAUGUACCGAGCAAACAACACAAGUGACUAAAGAAGCAUGUAUUACGUUUGUCAGGAAGAAGAGUUUGCUUUACAAGAGAGUUACGUCCCUUACAGAACCUCAAGUUGUGAAAGAUCUUUUAGUUGUUCCUAAGGGCAGGCGUAAGUUAAUACUGGAAAACGCCCACAGCUCACCACUGGCAGGGCAUAUGUCUGUAAAGAAAACAAAACUUCGUAUCUACUCUGAAUUUUAUUGGCCAGGGGUCGACAAAGAUGUAAAGCAGUUAGUAAGGUGCUGCGACCCAUGUCAGAGAGCAAAAGUUCCAGGGAGAGCUGGUAAAGCAGUGCUGGGGAAGAUGGACAGACAAGGUGUACCAUUUAGGAAAUUCGCUAUAGACCUGGUUGGACCUCUUCCUAUGACAGAAAGUAAACAUAGAUACAUCCUAACUAUGAUAGACACAUUCUCCAGAUGGCCUGAAGCUGUACCGUUGAGAAAUAUAGAGACAACUACUGUGAUAGAAGCUUUGUAUUCGGUCUGCACUAGGAUUGGUUUUCCAGAGGCCAUUCUCUCAGACAAUGGUUCUCAAUAUGGUUCAGAUUUAUACACAGAAGUCUGCAAAUUCUUCAAUGUGAAGAUAAUCAAGUCCUCGCUAUACCACCCGGCCUCGAAUGGAUGCGUAGAACGCCUACAUGGUUCACUUAAGAGCAUAUUAAGAAAGCUGUGUUCUGAACGAUCUAAAGAUUGGGACAAAUACUUAGCCUCGGCAUUAUUCGCUAUAAGAGAACUGCCCAACGAUACAACAGGAUUUUCACCCUACGAACUUGUAUUUGGAAGAAAAAUUAGAGGGCCGAUGGCAAUUUUGAAGAAACUUAUGACCAAAGAAAAAGAAGUUGACACUAAUUAUACUAACUUGUUUGAAUAUCUUGAGGAAUUAAAAGAAAGACUACAAAGCACAGCUAAGAUUGCAUGUGAUAAUGAAGACACAGCGAGGCAAGAACAAAAACGACUAUAUGAUAGAAACACUGUAAAAAAAAGUUUUGCUACAGGAGAAAUGGUAUUAGUGUUGAAACCAAAAAAGGGAGAUAAGCUCAAAUUAUAUUGGGAAGUUGAAGUAACAAGUAACAAUGUUGCCAACAGUAGCUGUAAAAGUAACAUUUUGUCUGCUGCAUUUAUUGGAGUCGUUGAUGAAUAUGACCAUGAUGAAACAGGGCAAAUCAUUGAUAAUGAGAUAGAAGAAUUAAAACUACCGGAAAUGAUCCAUGGAAAUGGAGAAAUAAACCAAAGGGCAAUAACCAUUAAUAAAGACUUAAACCAAACUCAGAAAAAUGAAGUUGAAAAACUUUUUGAAGACUUCGCACACGUAAUCUCAGAUGUACCAGGAAAAGCGAAAGUGGAGCCCUUUAAAAUAACUCUAACAUCGGAUAAGCCUGUCAAUUUAAAACCUUAUAAUGUACCAAUGGCGAUGAGACAAAGGCUACAAGAAGAAAUUGAGUCGAUGAUUAACAUGAAUAUUAUUGAAGAGAGUGAAUCGCCUUAUGCAUCUCCUAUGAUCUUAAUCAAAAAGAAAGAUGGAACUUUGAGACCAGUUGUUGAUUAUAGGCAAUUAAAUUCCAUAACAAAAUUUGAUGCAGAAGUCAUACCAGAUCAAGAGGAACUGUUUAUCACACUAAGGAAAGCCAAAUAUUUUAGUAAAUUAGACCUAACGAAAGGUUACUGGCAGGUGCCAUUAGAAGAGAGUAGUAAGCAGUACACAGCGUUCAAAGUACCUAAUGCACACUAUCAAUUCAAAUAUCUCCCAUUUGGUUUAAAAAACAGUCCUAGUUUCUUUAACAGAACAAUGCGUAGAGUGCUAAAAGGUUUAGAACAAGUUGUUUGUUAUUUUGAUGAUCUUUGUGUGUACAACGCUGAUUGGCAUAGUCACAUGUUCUCACUGAGACAGGUGCUUGAGAGGUUAGGAGAAUUCAAUAUUACUGUUAAGCCUAACAAGUUACUAAUUGGGUUCCAAACUAUUACAUUCCUAGGCCAUAAGAUCGGCCAAGGCUUUCUUCAGCCUGAAAAUUCUAAUGUCAGUAAGAUUCUGCAGCUACGGUACCCUAAAACAAAGAAGGAAACCCGAUCAUUAUUAGGUCUGCUCAAUUAUUAUCGCUCCUUCAUUCCAAACUUUUCAAGCUUGUUGUCUCCCUUUACUGAAAUUCUUAAAAAAGGGCACCCUUCUAAAGUUGCUAAGACUGUGGAGGGGGAGGUUGCAUUGGAGCGUAUACAAAGAUACUUGACUUCUCAUCCCAUUUUAAUGUUGCCUGAUCCGGAUAAAUGUUUUUAUCUACAGUGUGAUGCUUCGGACAAGGCUGUUGCAGUUGCUGCUCUACAGUACGUGGGAAACAAAUUGCAUCCUGUCCGUUUCCUCAGCAGAAAAUUACUCCCACGUGAAUGUAAAUACAGUAUAAUGGAGCGUGAGUUGUUAGCAUUAACAUGGGGAAUUAAGAAGUUGGAACACUUCUUGUAUUCAAGUAAGUUCAUUGUUUGGACUGAUCACCUGAAUCUCAAGUAUCUCAAGUCUGCAACCACCAAUGCUCGUAUUGCUAGAUGGAUAUUAUACCUUAUGGACUUUGACUUUGAAAUUCAGCACAUAAAAGGUACAGACAACUUUUGGGCUGACCCAUUGUCUAGGCUGACAGUUUGA